GUCGACCGGCAUUGCGCAACCUUUGACCUCCAUUAUAGUAACCAUAUACCGUAGCAAAAACUGUUACGGAACCGUCUAGAAAAAUGAACUUUUCGCGUGUUUUACCAUAUUUCUGCCGAGGGAAAGUUGUUCAUGGGUUCGGGAGAGGUAGUAAGGAACUAGGAAUACCCACAGCAAAUCUGGCUAAAGAGGUGGUUGACCACAUCCCCCAGGACAUUCCAACUGGUAUCUACUACGGCUGGGCGAGUGUGGAUGGGGGGGAGGUGCACAAGAUGGUGAUGAGUCUCGGAUGGAACCCGUUUUACAAGGACAAGACAAAAUCUAUGGAGCCUCAUCUUCUGCAUCACUUCAAGGAGGAUUUCUACGGUGCGACUCUCAGUGUGUGCAUAGUCGGAUACAUACGGCCAGAAAUGUCAUUUAACUCUGUUGAUGAACUCAUAGCUGCUAUCCACUCAGAUAUGGAGGUCGCCAAACAGGAACUGGACAAACCUGAGAACAGAAUGUACAAAGAUGACAACUUCUUCCACGAGAAAACUUCGUCAUCGCUCUGAUAAAAUGUUUAUAUACAGGAGGAUCAAAAUCAAUCAUUCUAUUAAAAAAAUAUAGCUUAUAUUUCAGACCCUUUCAGACCCGGCCUGUAGCUUUGUAAAACAGCCUAUGAAUGGUCCAUCUGGGGGCAUUUGUUACCAGCCAAUCACAUCGCUUCCUGAUUGAAAGAGGCAACAUGAUUGGCUAAGGACAACAAAUGGGCAUGUGCCCUGGGAGAAUCUGAUUGGCUGACAGCUGACCUGUGCUGAUGCCCCUAGAUGGACAGGCUGUUUUAUCAGAACUGAAUUAUGUUUGAUAAAUCUGUGGGCUGGUAUAGGCAAGGGUUAUAUUUCAGACAAAAUGCUCCCUAUGCCUUUAUUGUUUUAAGGCACGGGUAGUGUGGGAUAUGUUGGAAAGGAAUCUCAGGGAAGCUAUCCCACUACACAUAUACAUGUAGCUCUGCAAAAUGUGACCUAAAAUAAUCUUAAAAGCACAAUCCUCCGUAAACUAUAUAACUUAACCUGUACUUCAGACAGCAUAGAU